GAUGUAUAAGUUACAGAUUUUCCUCAUUAAAGAUCUUCCAUUGUUCCUAGUUGAUGACAUCAAGAAGUCUUGUCUAUAUAGCCAACCUACGGUCCACCACUGAAUAUGUAGCUCCUAACAUCUUGAUGUUUUUCACUCAUCUCUCUUUCUCUCUCUCUCCAACCCCUCCCAGCCUGACUUGUUAAUUGCUUUUCUUGUGUGUCUUCAUAAAGUUGUAGCCAGUCUGUUCCAUUCUGGACUGUUUAUCUUUGAAUGCCAAAGGACUUGAAACAUCAUAAUGUUGUGUAAUGAACAUAACUUCUGCCUUGACAUGUGGGUAUUAAGAGCAUUAGUCAUUGCAAAUGAUUGAAUUAAAUAUUUUCAAUAAAAGGAUAUAAUGAUCUAAUAGAGAGGAAGAAGUUAUAAAAAUACUAGUUGAUGGCUUUAAUGGUGAGCCAUAUACUUAGUGGGUUCCAUCAGUGAUGGGCUAAAGAUUCACAGAAUGAAUGUAAAAGCAUUCUUCCUCUUUAUUAGUGGGAGAGGUGAAAGACCCCCAAAUAAAAACUACUUACUUCUCAGUCGUACUAAGAAAAGUGUAAAUCAUCUGAAUCUCCAAUGCUUUUGCUCCCAAUCCACUACCUUGCAUGUAUAUUUAAUUAUUGUGAGAAAUUUUGAAGAUUUUCAUGAGGUAUUAUCAAUAGGGACUCUUGGGCUGUGUCUUGUUGGAAAGUCCUUAGCCUUGUAAUCUUCUUUUUUGGAGAGCCACCAGGGCAUCUUUUGCAGCACCGUCAGAAAGCCAGGGAUUUCCUGAGUGAACAAGGUGGGUCUUUACCUGUGAUGCUGAUUUUAUGAAGAGUUUUGGUCAGCGUUAGUCAUUGUGAAACUAUGUGCCUCCUGCCCUGGUUUAUCUCUAUAGACAUCUCCCUGUGGCAGAAGAUAGAAUCCUCAUCUCUCCUUGUCUCUCCGGCAUCUAAAGAUGUCAGAGGUACAUUUAUUUGCUUCUUGCUGGGGAGUGUGUAGUAGGUACUGUUCUUCUUGGAUGGAAUAUUGUCUAGGUGAAUGUUUGAUAGUCAGUUUAGCAGGUUGAUGUACUGUCUUAUUUCCUAGAAUUGGUGGUUCAAAUUGGAGCAUUGUGUGCUAACUCUCCUGUACCUCGCCAACAAUGUUCAGUUGUUCUUAUAAACAACUUCUGAACUAAACACCUUUUUUUUUCUAGAGAGGUUACAAACAAGGAAAUUGCUUUAGUGUCAGAAUAGAGGGCAUAAACUGUAUCUAUGGCCACUGUUAAAAAUUUCUCAACAGCCUGGAUAUUUUCAAGAAGCUGAAACAGGAGGAGUGGCCAUUUAUGGGAUGUCCAAGUCAAAAUUUAGCACUUAGGAAAAAAUUUCUUUUCCAUUAUGACAUGUUGUCAAAAUUGAUAAUUGUUUUUGUGAUCAAAUAAGGGAUUUCUGACAUUUACAGGGUGGAGGGGAUUGAGUGGGUGGAGGGGAGAUCUAUUUUCACCAGCUGUUUUUGCAUCUGGUGAUAUUUCUGGAAGGAGUAUUGAUCUCUAAUCCUCCUAUGUACUAUUUGGGAUUUAAUUGGUAUCAUCAUUAACCACAUCUUUAGAUAAGGAGGUAGUUUUGAAUGGGAGCCAAGCUACCUGUUGAUGUAAAGUCUGUUUUACUUUUAUGAUGCCCAUCAUUAGCACCUCCUCCUUCCUGGCUGAAUUCCCUGUCAUUUUAAGUAGGCAGCAAUUACUGGUUUGCUAAAGAAGCCGUCUCCUGCUGCCAAGGAUCCUAUUAAUUAUCACUCUAUCUCUAAUUUAGCCUUCCUAGUGUUGAGAGAAGGUGCAUGUAAGUGUGUGGCAGAGCAGCUGCAUUCACAUCUUCAUAAUAAUCUCCUUUCUGAGACAGUUCACCGGACUCAAUGUUCAGCCAAAGGGCCAACACGGCCCUGCAGUUCCGAGGAGCAUCCUGGGGCCUCCAAGCCUCCAAUAAGCUCCUCCAGUAUGACAUCACGCAUCUUGCUACGCCAGCAACUCAUGCGUGAGCAGAUGCAGGAGCAGGAGCGCAGGGAGCAACAGCAGAAGCUGCAGGCGGCCCAGUUCAUGCAGCAGAGAGUGCCUGUGAGUCAGACACCAGCCAUAAACGUCAGUGUGCCCACCACCCUUCCCUCUGCCACCCAGGUGCCAAUGGAAGUCCUUAAGGUGCAGACCCACCUCGAAAACCCCACCAAGUACCACAUACAGCAAGCCCAAAGGCAGCAGGUAAAGCAGUACCUUUCUACCACUUUAGCAAAUAAACAUGCCAACCAAGUCCUGAGCUUGCCAUGUCCAAACCAGCCUGGCGACCAUGUCAUGCCACCAGUGCCGGGGAGCAGCGCGCCCAACAGCCCUAUGGCCAUGCUCACACUUAACUCCAACUGUGACAAAGAGGGAUUUUAUAAGUUUGAAGAGCAAAACAGGGUGGAGAGCGAAUGCCCAAGUAUGAACACGCAUUCGCGAGCGUCGUGCAUGCAGAUGGAUGAUGUAAUAGAUGACAUCAUUAGCCUGGAGUCAAGUUAUAAUGAAGAAAUCCUGAGCUUGAUGGAUCCUGCCUUGCAAAUGGCAAAUACGUUACCUGUCUCUGGAAAUUUGAUUGACCUUUAUGGCAAUCAAAGCCUGCCACCCCCAGGCCUCACCAUCAGCAACUCGUGUCCAGCCAAUCUUCCCAACAUAAAAAGGGAGCUCACAGCGUGUAUUUUUCCCACAGAGUCAGAAGCAAGAGCAUUGGCUAAAGAGAGGCAAAAAAAGGACAAUCACAACUUGAUUGAAAGAAGAAGAAGAUUUAACAUAAAUGAUCGCAUUAAAGAACUAGGUACUUUGAUUCCGAAGUCAAAUGAUCCAGACAUGCGCUGGAACAAGGGAACCAUCUUAAAAGCAUCUGUGGACUAUAUCCGAAAGUUACAGCGUGAACAGCAACGUGCAAAAGAACUUGAAAACCGACAGAAAAAACUGGAGCACGCCAACCGGCACUUGUUGCUCAGAAUACAGGAACUUGAAAUGCAGGCUCGAGCUCAUGGACUUUCCCUUAUUCCAUCCACGGGUCUCUGCUCUCCAGAUUUGGUGAAUCGGAUCGUCAAGCAGGAACCUACUCUUGAGAACUGCACCCAAGACCUCCUUCAGCAUCAUGCAGACCUAUCCUGUACAACAACUCUUGAUCUCACAGAUGGCUCCAUCACCUUCAACAGCAACCUUCAAACGGGGACCGAGAGCAGCCAAGGCUAUAGUGUCCCUGCGAAAAUGGGAUCCAAACUGGAAGACAUCCUGAUGGAUGACACUCUUUCUCCUGUUGGCGUAACUGACCCACUUCUUUCAUCAGUGUCCCCCGGAGCUUCCAAGACAAGCAGCCGAAGGAGCAGUAUGAGCAUGGAAGAAACCGAGCAUGCUUGUUAGCAAAUCCUCCUGCUCUGCAUCCUCACAAACUGCUUCCUUUCUUGAUUAGCAGAUUUAACGAUUUACCUGAAGGGGUUUUCUUGAUAAUUUUCCUUUAAUAUGACUUUUUUUUCAUGCUUUAUCAAUAGCCCAGGAUAUAUUUUAUUUUUUAGAAUUUUGUGAAACAGACUUGUAUAUUCUAUUUUACAACUACAAAUGCCUCCAAAGUAUUGUACAGUAUGUGUACAGUAUCUGUGAACUGAAUUCACCCCAGAAUUUAGAUUUCUGAGCAAGAGGAUUUUGCAUCAGAGAAAUUCUGUCAAUUUUUAUUAAGAGGAGACUGGGUUUGAGAUUUUUUAUGCCUGUGACUUCUUUGGAAAUGAAAUGUAAAGUUUAAUUAAAAGAAUGUAAAGCAGCCAAAAAAAAAAAAAAAGAGAGAGAGAGGAGAAAAAAGAAAAGAAGGAAAGAAAUCCACACUAGUCCUUUUCCAUUUUGUAAUGUAUCGAUUCAUUGGUACUGCCUUAAAGAUACAGUACCUUUCUUGCAUCAUUUACUCUUUAUACUGCAAACUAUUUAAAUAAAUACUAUAUUCUGUAAAAGAAAAAAAAUGCAACCAUUUUCACAAGGAUUGUUUGGUCAACACGUGUAACUAGUACCUUACUUAGGUGCAACUGAAAUUCAAGGGAGACAGACCAAGGCUCUCUCAGCCACUGUGUGCUGUUAGCUUUCCUCAUCAAUGAGUGUGACUCAGUUUUUCAUAAGAUAUACUUUAUUUUGAAAUGGAAGUUAAUGUCCUCUCAAAGUAAAAUAUUGAGGAGCACUGAAAAUUUUAUUUCUCUUUUUUUCCUUCCAUUUCGCUUUUGAUAAGGAAACCCAACUGUGCACAUUUCUAAUCGGCUUUACUAUUUUUAUUUUUUAAAUUAUGUUUUAUUGUUCAUUUGAUUUGUACAGUUUCUUUAUUAUCAUCAUUCUUCUCAAUAUGUUUGUCUUAAUUUGUAAGGAUAUGCAUCUUAAAAUGGCAAGUUUUCACUAUUUUUACAUCUCACUGGUGGUUUCCCGCAUUCUUUGUACACACGCGUGAAAGAAAACUUUCAUGCAAGGUCUUGUGUUUCAAGAGAGCUUUGUGAAUAUUUUGUAUAUUCCAGUCUCACCAGAACUGUUUUUCCACACAUGUAAGGUGUAGUAUUAACAGGUUAAAAUCAGUUUCCUAGAAAUAAUAAACUUACAUAUUUAUUUUUAGUGAUAGAAAUGUGGCAAUAGUCUUGGAGACUGAUAACCAUAGUGUUAACAUGCCCAUUAUGGUCAUCUAAAUUGGGGUUUAUUUCAGCAAACUUGCUGAAGUUUUUUAAAGAAAGAAAUACUGUAUUGGCAAAUUACUGUUACUUGAUAACAAUGUUUUCACAAGCAGCAACUCUGUAAAGUUAGAUUCAGUGCAUUAUCUACUUAUGUAGUCCUAUGCAAUAACAGUAGUGUUACAUGUAUUCUGUCAGGCCUCGAUGUUUCAUGCAGAUGACAUGUGGUGUUAAGAGCCAGGCUGUGGAAUGGAAUUUCUCAGUAGCAGCCUACAGUUGAAUAGGAAGUGGCAUAAAGCAUAUCCAUUCAGAAUGAAGUGCCUUAAAUAUAACAGUAGUCUUUUUUGGACUAGCACUGACUGAACUGUAAUAUAGGAGAAAGUUUCAAGAAGGUAUCCAUAGUCAAGGGGAACAUGUAGCAUGGUGCCUAUGUAAAGAGCUUCCAGUUUCCUUCAGAUAUUUUUAAUAUUAAAUAUAUUUUAGUGACAGUGCCAACUUCUUUCAUCAGGAAACCUUAUUCAGGAGGGUUUUUUUUUAAAAAAGAAAACAAGUUUAAAUGUCAAAUGUGAACUGGUGAUGGGUGUUGGAGGAUUCAGAGAGGAGUGAUUGUCAGAUGUAUGAAUGGAUGGCUUACGUGAAUAUAAUCAACUGCAUCGUUCCUAUGCAUGUUGGGCAGUGAGAAUCCUUGGAAACAUUGAUGAUGCUAUCAGUUUUAUAGCUUUAUUAGUUAAGGGGGUAGGGAAAAUUAGUUCCCAUUCUUUCAACCCACUUAAUUGUAUAGCUCUUUUCCUAGAAUAGUGAUACAAAUCUGCAUGAGCAGCAAAGUGUACCAUAGUGUUCAUUGAUACAAUCAUAGCAUUGUCUAUUUUUCUCUUCAUAUUUAUAUGGGGGGGGGGAGCUGGGUGCAAAAGUGGAAAAUCAUGAUGGUAUGAUGCUAGUUUUCUUUAGCUGAUUUCAAGGGUUCUUAAAAAUAGAGUGAGGUUGACUAACUCAUGGUCCAGGGAAUGUGGCCAGGUUAAGCAACCUGAUAGAAAGCUUUGUUGAGAGAAAGCAUGGCAUCUUGUACCACUGCCCUGACCUGACCCACAACUCCUGAGCUUACCAUUGCCUGCUUCUCCGUCCCCUUCUUAAGAGACAAUUUCUGGGAGUGGCAGGUGAGAAAGCCCAGGAGAAUGCUGCAGCCUCGGGGGUGGUUUUAUUUAUUUCUUGUUUGCCAAAUAGAGUGUGGAUUCACUUUAGGGACUAGUUAAGCCAAGAGGUAGUGGUUUGGAUUCACCAUUUUGUGACAAUGACAGAAUGAUCCACACCACUCCCCCCAUCCCUGGGUGCAGAAUUGUGACUUAGGGUUGGGUCUCUAUAUGGAGUAACCAAAAUGCCAAACUUGUCCACCUGCCUCUGGGUAAGGCAAUGGAAAUACCAAACCUUCUGACUUUGCCAAAAACCAUACAACCAACCUGGUCAUAUAUAGGAUGACAAAGUUCUUUCUGGUUGUUUUUAAAUAAUAAAGCAAUAAGAACAAAUAAAAUACAUAGGAAGUUAAAAGACAUAAAAUAAAGCACAAAGGAAUGCACUUACUAAUAUUUUUUUUUAAUGCACUGGGGGAAAGUUAAUGUUGAUAACAGUAUAUUAAAAAACCCUAUUUCUUGAAAAAAAAUGACAAAUGACUGUCUCUUGCGGACACUUGGUACUGUAAUGUUAAAUAGUCACCUGCUGUUGGAUGCAGCAAUAAUUUCUGUAUGGUCCAUAGCACUGUAUAUUAUGGAUUGAUAUUAAUGUAUCCAAUGAAAUAACUGAACUGUUGUUCUUGAGAGCCUCAUUAAAGCAUUUGGUUUUUCACAUA